AUGUUCAGAAAUUCCAAUACUCAACAUCUGUUAAACAGUGAUUAUCGAACAACACUUGAUCAUCAGUUAAAUGACGAUGAUGAAUCAAAUCCUAUUGAACAAAAUUCUAGUUUAUCACAUUUUAUUUCUUCAAAUACAAGAAUAGAUGACGAUGAAGAAGAUGAACCUCUUCUAUCACGACAACGUAAUAGUCAAAAACAAACAACAACAACAACCACAACAACGACAGAAACAAAAAAGAAUGAAAAUGAUUCAAAUAGUUCCGAUGAAUCUGAACAACGUCAGGAAAGGCUAAGUGAUAGUGAUGAUGUUGAAGAACCAAGUGAACAAGACGAUGAUGAAGACGAAGAGGAAGAACCAAGUGAAGAUGAUGAUGAUGAAGAUGAUGACGAAGAUGAUGAUGAUGAUGAUGAUGAUUUUGAUGAUAAAAGAAAAUCAAGACCUAAAUCAAAACGAGGAUUUGGACAAGCAAAGACAAAAUCAAAAACACAAACAAAACGUUCAAAAAGUGCUACAAAUAAUGCAUCCAGUCGUAAACGACAACGAACAUCAUCAUCAACAAGUUUUGCAUCUGUAUCAAAGAAACCUCGUCGUCAACAAUCAAGUGCCGGUGGAAAUUCUUCUACAUCAGCAAAUAAACGAAAAAUUCGUCGUACAGCAGCAUCAAAUCCAAUAAAUUAUCAUGAAGAAUCUGAUGAUGAUAAUGGCCAAGCACGACGUAAAGCAAAAAAACAACAACGUAAUUCAUCAUCAAAUUCUGAUUCUGAUGAUGAUCAAAAUUCCAAUAAUGAUGAUGAAUCAAAUUCAAAUGAAUAUCAUCAACAAACAAAAACAAAUUUAAUCACAGAUCUUGAAUUAAAUACAGCUAAACGUCAAACAAAAGUUCGAACAUCCGAUAAUUUAUCAUCAUCAGGUGAAGGUACAACAUUAAUUACAGAUGAACCAUCAUCGGAAGUUAUUGAAAAAGUUUUAAAAGUACGUUUUGGUCGAAAAGAUGCAACAGGUCCAUCAACAACAAUCUAUAAUAUUGAUGAAUUUGGUGAUCCAAAUGCAAAUUAUAAUGGUGAUGACGAAACACAAGCUGAUGGUGAACAACAAUUUUUAAUAAAAUGGAAAAAUUGGUCACAUUUACAUAAUACAUGGGAGAGUCGUUCAAGUUUACAACAAUCACAUGUGAAAAAUUCACGUAUAUUAGAAAAUUUUCUUAAACAACAUGAUCAAACACGUGCAUGGCGUCGAGAAAAUCUUAAUAUGGAUGAAAUAGAAUUAUUUGAAUGUCAACAAGAAUUAGCUGAUACAGCAUUAUCUGGUUAUCAACAAGUUGAACGUAUAAUAGCACAUGAAAAAAAUCGUGAACAAGAUAAUACAUAUGAUUAUUUAUGUAAAUGGGAUGGUUUACAAUAUAGUGAAUGUACAUGGGAAGAUGGAAAUUUAAUUUCAAAAAGAUUUCAAUCAAAAAUUGAUGAAUAUAAUGUUCGAUUAACACAACAAACAGAAGAUUUACAAUUACAACAGCAACAAACAAAUAGUGGAAGUGGAAGAAAAAAAUCGGCGAUAAUAAGACCAAGAUUUGCACCAAUUACUGUACAACCAUUAUAUUUAGCACCAGAAGAAACUGAAUUUAAACUAAGAGAUUAUCAAUUAGAAGGUUUAAAUUGGUUAGCUCAUUCAUGGUGUAAACAAAAUUCAGUUAUAUUAGCUGAUGAAAUGGGACUUGGUAAAACAAUUCAAACAAUUUCUUUUCUUUCAUAUGUCUAUGAAGAACAUGGUGUUCAUGGACCAUUUCUUAUUGCUGUUCCUCUAUCAACAAUCCAAGGUUGGACACAAGAAUUUCAUCGUUGGGCACCACAAAUGAAUACCAUUGUUUAUCUUGGUGAUAUGGUAUCACGUGAAAAAAUUCGUCAUUUUGAAAUGUAUGCAUCUGGAAAUAAAAAACAACUGAAAUUCCAUGCAUUAUUAACAACAUAUGAUUUUCUAUUAAAAGAUAGUAAAUAUUUAUCAUCAAUAAGCUGGAAUUGUAUUCUUAUUGAUGAAGCACAUCGUUUAAAAAAUGAUGAUUCAAUGCUUUAUCGUACAUUAAUACAAUUUGAAUCCCAACAUCGUAUAUUAAUAACAGGUACACCAUUACAAAAUUCUCUCAAAGAAUUAUGGUCAUUAUUACAUUUUAUAAUGCCAAAUUAUUUUGAUGAUUGGAAUAAUUUUGAUUCAAAAUAUUCAUCAUUAUUAACAACAAAUGAUACAAGUACAGUUAAACGUUCUGGUGAAUUACAUAAAGAAUUAGAACCAUUUUUAUUACGACGUGUUAAACGUGAUGUUGAAAAAUCUUUACCAGCUAAAGUUGAACAAAUUUUACGUGUUGAAAUGACACGAAUACAAAAACAAUAUUAUAAAUGGAUAUUAACAAGAAAUUAUCGAGCUUUAACUAAUGAACGUGGAGGAAAUUUACCAUCAUUUAUUAAUAUUAUGAUGGAAUUAAAAAAAUGUGCUAAUCAUGCUUUUUUUGUUAAACGUGAUGAUGAAAAUAAUGCUACACUUGAUGAAAUUAUAAAAGGGAGUGGAAAAUUAUUAUUAUUAGAUAAACUCUUAUUAAAAUUACGUGCAAGCGAUCAUCGAGUUUUAAUUUUUUCACAAAUGGUUAAAAUGCUUAAUAUUUUAGCUGAAUAUUGUAAAUUAAGACGUUUUCCAUUCCAGAGACUUGAUGGUUCGAUGAAAGGUGAAAUACGUCGUCAAGCAUUAAAUAGUUUUAAUCGUGAAGGAUCCGAUGAUUUCAUUUUUCUUCUUUCAACUCGUGCUGGUGGAUUAGGUAUUAAUUUAGCUACUGCUGAUACAGUUAUUAUUUAUGAUAGUGAUUGGAAUCCUCAAAAUGAUCUUCAAGCACAAGCUCGCGCACAUCGUAUCGGUCAAAAGAAACAAGUAAAUAUUUAUCGUCUUGUCGCUAAACAAUCCGUUGAAGAAACAAUUAUUGAACGUGCUAAACAAAAAAUGGUUCUAGAUCAUUUAGUUAUUCAACGUAUGGAUACAACAGGUCGUAAUGCAUUUCAAAAUUUAAAUAAUACAUCAACAACAACAUCAUCAACAACUGAUAAUCGUCCAUUAACAAAAGAAGAAUUAAAUACAAUUAUUAAAUUUGGUGCUGAAGAUUUAUUUAAAGAAAAUUCAACCAAUGAAGAAGGUUCAAUUGAAGAAGAAUCACAAAAAAUUGAUAUUGAUGAAAUACUUCGUCGUGCUGAAACACGACAAGAUGAUGAUUCAUCAUUACGUAAUAGUAGUGAAGAUCUUUUAUCACAAUUUAAAAUCGCUAAUAUACAAACAAUGGAAGAUGAUAUUAUUGAACCAACACAAAUAGUAAAUAGAAAUAAAAGUUGGAAAGAUAUUAUACCAGAAUCAGAAAGACAAAAAUUUGAUGAUGAAUGUUUAGCUGAAUUAACAGCUGCAUUACCACCACGAAGUCGUAAACGUGUCGAAUUAUUUAAUUCAACAUCCGAAUUAGAUAAUAAUAACAAUAAUAAUAAUAAUAAUAGUAAUCGUUGUUCACAUAUAGAUAUGAUAUUGAAUGAAUUUACAACAAAUGAAAUACGACGUUUUAUCAAAAGUUUUAAAAAAUUUUCUGAUCCACUACAUCGUUUAGAUUUAAUUACAAUGGAUGCUGAAUUAGAAGAUAAAUCUCGACAAGAUAUUGAAGAAUUAGCUAAUCAUUUAUAUAAUGAAUGUUUAUUAGCUGUUCAACAUAUAAAUGAAUCAAGUCCAACAACAAAUAAUCAAUCAUCAUUAUCACCAAAAGAUGAACAAACAUCAUCAACAACAGCAAAUCAACGUGAAAAAAUUGCAACAAUACGUUUACAUAAUGUAACAAUAAAUGCAAUACAAUUAAUAAAUUCUAUACGAGAUUUUGAACCAUUAAAAAAACUUUUUCUUUCAAAUAAUGAACAACGUAAAUCAGUUUUAUUUCCAUCAGGUAUUAAAAUCAAACCAGUUAAUUGGUCGUGUACAUGGACAUUAGAAGAUGAUAAAGCACUUUUACGUGGUAUUUAUGAAUAUGGAUAUUCAAAUUGGGAACAAAUUAAAAUGGAACCUGAAUUAGGUCUUUCAUCAAAAAUUCUCUUAGAUGAUAAACAAUUAAAACCACAAGCAAAUCAUUUACAAACACGUGCUGAUUAUCUUUUACGUUUAUUAAAACAAUAUUAUGAAAAUCCAUUAAAUAAAAAGAAAGAUAUAGGAAACAAGAAAAAACCGUCUGUUACAUCAGUACCACCAAAGAAAACAAAAACAACAACAGCAGAAGAUAAUAACAAUGGUCCAAAUUCAUCAAAACGAAAAGGACGUACAAAUGGACCACCAACUACUAAUUCGGACAAAUAUCCAAAAUCAAAAGAAAUUAUUGAAAAUUCAAGUGGAGAUGAAGAUAUGACAACGAAUAAAUCAACGAAAAAGAAACCAACGAAUGCAAAUACUGAAGAAAAAGGAUCAAAAGUACCAAAAAAAGAAGAAGAAAAUGCAUCGAAUGAUAUGUUUAGACAGUGUAAAGAAUUACUUCGACCAGUUAAGAAAUGGUUUAGUCGACUUGAUGCACCUGAAGAUGCAUUUGAUUCCCAUGAUGAUUAUACAAGAGAAUUUGAGAAAUGUCUAUUAAAAAUAGGUGAUCAAAUUGAAACUGUUCUUAAUACAAAAACAAAUGAUGAUUAUCAAACAUAUCGUCAUCAUUUAUGGACAUUUGUUUCAAAAUUUACUACGAAAUUAACUGAUAGUCAACUUAGAAAAAAUUAUCGAACAUUUGUUAAAAAACGUAGUGAAGAAAGUUUAUCAUCAAGUCAUACACAAAAACCUUCUCAAUAUCAACAAUCACAACAACAUAAUCAAUAUAAUCAAUCAAAUAUUAAAAAUCGUCAAUCAGAACAAGAUGAAACAUAUAGAAAAGCUGGUUGGGGUUCAUCAUCUCAAUCAAAUAAUAGUACUAGUUCUACAACUAAUAAAAAUAAUAAUAGAGAUAUAAAAGAUUCUCGUCUUAAACAUGCAUCAACAAUGCCAUUGACAAAAUCUUCAAGAUCCGAACAGUUAAAUAAUACAAUUGGUUCAACAAAUACUGGCACAACAUCUGAUUAUGAUACACAUCAUCAUCAUCAAUUUGAUCGUAACAGACAUCAUAGUAGUGGAAAUAAUAAUAAUAAUAAUAACAAUAAUAAUAAUACUACUCGAAGAUCCUAUCAUGAUCCAACCGGUGAUACAUCAUCAGAGUAUCGUAGUAAUUAUCAUCGAGAUCGAGAUCGUGAUCGAGACAAUAAUGCAUCUCGUGGACCUCGUCGUUACGAUUCAGUGCCAUCACGUUAUGAUCAAUCAUCUUAUAAUAACCGUUCAUCAUUUCAAAGUAAUUUUUCUCAACCACCUCCGCCAUUUGAUGACACUCGUUCAUCAUCAUCAUCAAAUCGUUCUGGUGGAAACAAUACAAAUAAUAAUAAAAAUCGUUCAUCACAAAAUGCUCCACCACCACCACCUCCACCACAACCUCUUCUUCCUCCACCUCUUCCACCAUCAAUAGCUGGACCUGAACUAUUUCAAUCAAUUUAUUUACAGUACUAUGAUAUGUAUAUGCAACAAGCUACUGGGCUUUCUUCUUCUCAAUCAUCAACGACAAAUUCCAUUUCUCCGAACAGCUAUGCUGAUAUGGCUGCUGCUUAUGCUCGUCAACAAACACAAACACAGCCACCACCAGCAUCUCAAUCAUCAAAACAAUGA